GAGUUAAAAGAUUUGUUUACAUCUCCGCUGCAGACUUUGGCCCUGUAAAUUACUUGUUACAAUGUUAUUAUGAGGGGAAGAGAGCUGCUGAAACUGAGCUGCUAACAAGAUAUCCAUACGGAGGAAUAAUUCUGAGACCUGGAUUUAUCUACGGAACCCGUCGUGUCGGGAGCAUGAAAUUGCCCCUUGGUGUAGUUGGUUCUCCUCUAGCGAUGAUCCUGCAGCGUGCAAAACCACUGAGUCAAAUACCCAUUGUUGGGCCACUGUUUACUCCUCCUGUGAACGUCAGUGCAGUUGCCAAAGUUGCCGUCAGAGCAGCAACAGAUCCUGUAUUCCCUCCUGGUGUGAUUGAUGUUCAUGGUAUCUUACGCUACAGCCAACAGAGAUCUGUAUAGGGCAAAUGAUUUCACCUGAAAGUAAUGAUAGUAUGAUACCAACGGUGGGAUUCUUUUUUAAUCCUCAAAGAGAACUAAAAAUUCGAAAUUUGCUAGACAGAUAAGGUUCCAUUCAAUAAAUAAAAUGAUGCUACUGGAAUCGAUGUUUUCUUCAA